AAGCAGUUUAUUGACCCCAUGUUGCAUUGUGGGUAGGCGGAAAAGGCUCCAAAAGCUACGCAAAAGCUACAAGCGCACGUUGCAGUAUCGUCCAAGAAGAAAUAACUACGACAAAGAAAUCAAAUUUCAAGAAAGAAAACAGGAAGACAGUUGAAAUAUGUCCAUCGGAGUACCAAUCAAAGUCCUGCAUGAGGCAGAGGGACACAUCGUGACCUGCGAGACCAACACGGGAGAGGUGUACAGAGGCAAGCUGAUCGAGGCUGAGGACAACAUGAACUGCCAGAUGUCCAACAUAACAGUCACUUAUCGUGAUGGCCGGGUGGCACAGUUGGAGCAAGUCUACAUCCGUGGUAGCAAGAUCCGCUUCCUGAUCUUACCUGACAUGUUAAAAAAUGCCCCCAUGCUAAAGAGCAUGAAAAACAAGAACCAGGGAUCCGGUGCAGGAAGGGGCAAGGCAGCUAUUCUCAAAGCACAAGUGGCUGCAAGGGGCCGGGGACGUGGUGGAAUGGGAAGAGGAAACAUCUUCCAGAAGAGGCGAUAACUGCUCCAGCUGUGUUAACAUUGUUGCAUUGUAUAGUCUUUUGUUGUUUCAGUUUGUCUUCUUUUGAUUGGAAAUGUUUGAAUUUUUUUUUAGCAAUCCUGUAAUUUGCAGUUUAUGCUUUUAUGUUCAUUUUUUUUUUAAUGAAAAUAAACAUUUUUCAAUUUGA